AGCAUUGCCGCCCCCUCGCCUCCCUUCCCGAGUCUUGCGGCCCCUGUGACCCAAGACCUGUGCACGGGGACAUCUUACGCAGCCGCUCCCGGGGGCCUGACUUCAGCCGCCGCCCCCUCUCAGAGCGCUGAAACCCGCGCGUGAACGCGGCCCUGCUUUUCUGGCGGAGGUGGGCGGUCGUUUCCUGACCACACCAAUGCUGAAAUAGUCUGAAAAGCACUCCGAGCGUUGGAAGUUAUCGUCAGACCUUCCAUCCUGAGGGAAUUGCUCGCUAGCAUCACGUCCAAGAUAGAUGGUUAGAAAGUUCACAAGAUCAUGCCUUGUGCCUCUUUGCAACGUGGAGAGUAUAGUGAAGAUGAUGUAAAUGAAUUAGUGAAGGAAGAUGAAGUGGAUGGUGCAGAGCAGACACAGAAAACCAAAGGGAAGAAAAGAAAGGCUCAGAGCACGCCGGCCAGGAAGAGAAGACAAGGUGGCCUCAUGUUAGAAGAAGAGGAAGAGGAAGAGGAGGAUGCCAGUGGGGAAUCUGGAGGAAGUAGCAGUGAGGGGGAAGACUCAGCGGCAGAGCAGGAAAAAGGCACUGGGUCAGAGGAUGCAAGGAAGAAGAAGGAGGAUGAACUGUGGGCCAGCUUCCUCAAUGAUGUGGGAUCCAAAGCAAAAGUGCCCUCGAGUCCACCAGUUAAAAAAAGAGAGGAGACUGAAGAGACGAGUUCAGGUACAUCGGUGGUCAAAGCAGAAGAGCCAGAGAAACCGAAAGAAACAGAAAAAGUUAAAAUCACCAAGGUGUUUGAUUUUGCUGGUGAAGAAGUCAGGGUGACUAAGGAAGUAGAUGCUACAUCUAGAGAGGCCAAAUCCUUCUUCAAGCAAAAUGAGAAAGAAAACCCACAGGCUCAUGUCCCUUCAGCUCUGCCAUCCCUGCCUGCCGGGUCCGGGUUAAAAAGAUCAAGUGGCAUGAGCAGCCUUUUGGGAAAAAUUGGAGCCAAGAAGCAGAAGAUGAGCACCCUAGAGAAGUCCAAAUUGGACUGGGAGAGCUUCAAGGAGGAAGAGGGCAUUGGUGAAGAACUAGCCAUCCACAAUCGCGGGAAGGAAGGGUACAUUGAACGGAAAGCUUUUCUAGACCGAGUGGAUCACAGGCAGUUUGAAAUUGAGCGAGAUCUCAGGCUGAGCAAAAUGAAGCCCUGAUGUUACGGAGGAAUCAAUAGCAGCCUAAUCCUGUUUACAAUGUGAGCUUCUCAUCGUCUGUGAACCGUCUCCUGUGUUUCUCCUCAACUGUUUCCCAGCAAGGUCUUUUUUUCUACAUCGAAUUUCUGUCUUUGUAUCUUUAUCUCACGUGGUUUCAUUCAUUUUCCUUUUAAAAGUUUGUUCUUAAAAAAAUAAAAGUUGGUCUGAUGAGAGACCUUCCCUU